GCGGCCAGGUUGAUUCAGGGUUAGAGAAGCAGAUUGCUCGAUUCUGUGGCCACUUGCUGGAGGAAGCGCUGCAGCGGGAGUCAACAUGUCUUUCAAUCUGAGCUCAGCUUUGGGAGAAGAGACAGUGAAGAAGGAGGACGCCCAGAAAGAUGAGUUCUCAUGGCCAUGGAACAAGGACAAGGACAAGGAAAAGGAAAAGGACAAGGGCCACAGCAAGGACAAGUCUGACAGCAAGGGCAAGUCUGACAGCAAGGGCAAGUCUGACAAGAAGCACAAGAGUUCAGAUGGCAAGGAAAAGAAGAAAAAAGAACAUACGGGUGAAAAGAAAUCCGGCAACUCGUCGUCCUCCUCUUCUUCGUCUUCAUCCUCCUCCAGCAGUGAUGAGGACUGAUGCUUCCUGCAGGACUGGACUGCUCUUGUUCUCUUUAUAAUCGUGUCCACUUGACAGAGGGAGUGUCUGGUUGUGCUGCACCAACUCUUCCUCUUGUACUUUCACUGCUGUCAUAGAAACAUGACAAUCUGGUGUAAACAAAUGUGAUCAUUGAAAAGUAAAUGUUCUGACGACAACCCAAA